UUGUCUCAUGGCGGCUUCUUGCCCGCUGGGUAGCUCCUCUACUUCUCGUGUAUGUAACCGCCAGGGCAAGGGGAGCGACUCCUCGCUGCUGGAGAAGCGGCUCUCGGAAGACUCUAGCCGCCACCGGCUGCUUCAGGAGUGGGCGAGCAUGUCGAGCGCGGACGCGUCGGAGGCGGAGCCCGAGCGGUGCGAGGAGAAGGCGGCGGCGGCGGCGGCGGCGGCGGCGGCGGCCGCGGAGAACCCGCUCGUGUUCCUGUGCUCGCGCUGUCGCCGGCCGCUGGGCGACUCGCUCACCUGGGUGGCCAGCCAGGACAGCAACUGCAUCCUCUUGCGCAGUGUUUCCUCUAAUGUGUCUGUGGAUAAAGAACAGAAGCUGUCCAAGUGCAAAGGCGAAGAUGGCUGCAUUCUUGAGACUCUGUAUUGUGCAGGCUGCUCCCUCCACCUUGGCUAUGUGUACAGAUGCACUCCCAAGAACCUAGACUACAAGAGGGACUUGUUCUGCCUCAGCGUCGAGGCCAUUGAAAGUUACACUUUAGGGUCCUCCGAAAAGCAAAUCGUGUCGGAAGACAAGGAGCUUUUCAAUCUGGAAAGCAGAGUUGAAAUAGAGAAGUCUAUAAAGCAGAUGGAAGACGUCCUGAAGGCCUUGCAGACGAAGCUGUGGGAGGUUGAAUCAAAACUGUCCUUUGCUGGCUGCUGCAGCUGAGCUGCUCCUACCCCACCUGCCCCACCCUGUUCCUAAUGGGUGGUCAGACUCUUUCUGUGUAUUUUAGGGAAAGAAGUAACUGUUUUCGUAUGUGAAUUUUAAAGCCAGUUUAUGAUACAUGCUGGAACGAGAUUUUGUGAGUUUUUAUUUUAUUUAAAAACGGGGUGAUU